CCUGGAGGGCCAGCAAGGAUUGGGUGGGUCAGGUGCAUAAAGUACCUGAGAGUAAGAGCAAGCUCCAUCCUCCAAGAGAGCCCGGAGGGUGUUCCUCUUCAGAAGGAAGCCACCAACAUGUCUCAGCUGGAAACUGCCAUGGGAAUGCUCAUUGCUGUCUUUGACAAAUAUGCCAGGUCUGAUGGGAACAGGAACAGCCUCAGCAAAGCAGAACUCAAGAGCCUCCUGGAAAAAGAGUUCCCAAACUUUAUCUCGUCAGGGAAGGACAAGGAAGCCAUCGAUAAAGUCUUCAAGAACCUGGAUGACAAUGGAGAUUCCCAAGUGGACUUCAAAGAAUUCAUGAUCUUUGUGGCAGCUCUGACUUGCUGCUGCCACAAGUACUUUGAGCAGAAUGCAGCCUGAGAACUGUUGCCCUGCUCACCAGAAGCUGCC